ACAUAAACACCACGUGAAGUACAUUGAACAUAACCUUAAAAUAAUAAAAUUAUAUUUAAAAACACAGACAGACUGGAAAAAUGACGAAAAUACGUAAACAAAAACGGAAGAAAGUUUAUCGUACAAACGUUAAUCGUAAACGAUUAAAUCGUAAACAGAAAAAUGUUGGAAAAAUUGCUUGUAAGCCUAUCGAUAAAGCAUGGGACGAAAAGAAAACAAUUCGAAAAAAUCUGAAACAAAUGGGUCUAAUGUACGACCCAAAUGCAUCAAUCAAACGAUCUAACGUUAAACAAAAAAUCAAAAAACAAAUACUCACAUCUAUGAAAGGAGACGCAUGGCAUGAAGAAGUUGUCGAACAAGCUGUCUUAACGAAACCAGAGAAACAGAAAAAACCUAAAGUAAAACCACCGAAAAUCCAUGUAGCCGAAGAAUUAGAACGUGAAGCUCGUGCACCAAGAGAACGUAAUUUUCGUUUACCAAAAGGUCAAGUAGAAUUUAUUACGUAUUUAUUAGAUAAAUACGGGCAUGAUUAUAAGGCUAUGGCACGUGACAGACGGAAUCAUUAUCAAGAGACGUGGAAACAGAUAAGGGCCAAAGUGAAGACGUUUAUGGGAAUACCAGAACAAUAUUCUGAAUAUUUACAAUCGAGGGGAUUGUUGAAUCAAGAUGCUGAGGAUGCUAAAAUUGCUGCAGCUUUAGCUAUGGACGAUGAUAGUGAUUAA